AUGAGCGGUGCCGGUAAACGCAAAGCUACAUCUGAGAAUGCAAAAUCCAAGAAACAAAAGGUCGAAAAACCAGAGGAAACUUUCGAAACGAGGACGGAGAAAUUGCAAAAGAAGCUUCAUCAUAUCCUAAAUGUAGAUCUCAGGAGAGCGACUAAAGAUGCUAAAACCUCUGAGCGUCAACGUCUUCAGAAGAAGAUCACGCAGGCUGAAAAGAAAUCAGCUAAAGGUGAAGAAAUUGAUAGAGUACAGCUCGAAGAAACGCAGAAUCAGUUGAAUGAAACAAAAGAUUAUGAUGGUUUGAUCGCAGCUCAGCACACCUUCUUCUCGAAAUUAUCCAAGCAUUCCAGCGGUGCUUACAAAACACGAGAGGAAGUCAUUUUAGCGCUCAAGAAUCUCAACUUUGAUUUCCCGAAUAUCGCACAGGCAAGCAACGCACCUGAGGGUAAGUUAGCAGCGCGAUUCAUGUCCAUAGAGCAAGUCAGCAAAGUAGCUAAAGCUGGCGUUGACUCUGUAUCCUCAAUAUUAGGCGAUAGUGCUGCAGAGAAGCAGAAACAAUCUGAACAGUUAGAAGAUUCUAAAGAAUCGGCAGAGGAUGAUGAGGUUGAUGACAAGCUCGAAUCUAACACCACAUCUGAUAAGCCAGCUCCUAGAGAGCAAAAGGCAACUCCAACAAUAGACAGUAGCGCGCUUAUUGCAAAACUCACUGGUGCGCUUGGUGGUGUAGUCAGAGAUGAUGAAGACGAAGAUAAUGAUGCACAGUCAGAUGCUGGUAGUGACAUAUCAGCUCCUCUAUCAGGUUACACUAGUGGAGAAGCAUCCAAUGAAGAAGAUGCACUCAAGGACUGGCCCGAACCGGAAGAAGAGGUGGACGAGAGCAAUGAAGAAGAGGAAGAAGAGAGCGACGAUGAGGAUGAAGGGGGUAAUACCAUUCUUGACUCCCUCAAUGCUGGUGUGGGAUACAUUUCAGGUAGUGACGACGAUAUUAGUGAUGCGGAAGAAAAAGUCGCACCAAGGAAAAACAGGAUGGGUCAAAGGGCACGUAGAGCAAUUCUCGAGAAGAAGUAUGGUAGAGGUGCAAAUCACAUACAAAAGAAGUUCGAAGAGCAGAAGCAGCUCGAGAGAGCAAAGAAAUUCGGGAAGAACAAGCUGGAUUCCGGGUGGAAAGGUCGCCAACAGCAGCAAUCUGGGGGAUAUAAGGAGGCUGAAAGGAAAGACUUUAAAAGGGACUUCAAGAAAUUCGAUAAAAACGCUAAACAAGAUGGUAAAAGUGGAAGUGGGAGACCUCCGCCACGUAACAACAAACCACCUCAGAAGCCUACUAAAGCAGAGGAUGAGGGACCUUUGCAUCCUUCUUGGGCGGCCAAGAAAGCCCAAGCGAAAGCUAUUGAAAAUGCGCCUGCACCUACGAAGAUCACAUUUGAUGACUAGGAAAAGGUAUAGAGUUAAUUUAUUUGUACAAUUUAUAGGUCUACAUUUGUCGUUAUUGGUAAUUUCAGUCUGCUUAUUCCAUCUUCGUCAGAUGGAGGAAGUCUCCCACCACGUAUGUUAACUUGUAUCGCAGGAUGUAGCAAUUUAGGUGUAUUCAAUGUCUUGUCACGUUCUUCACGGAAUUUCGCGAAGUCUUCCUGUUUUAGGUGGUCGUUGAGUGUUAGUUGAUCACCAACCGUCGUCCAGCAGCUCUGUUCACGCUCAGCUCCGGGAUAGUCAUGACCAACGAAAAGCUUGUAAUCAUGCGGAAGACUGAGCAACUUCUCGAUGGAUGUCGCGAGAGAGGAAGCUACACCGCCUGGAAAAUCAGCUCUAGCAGUGAAAACAGGUGCGAGGAAUACAGAAUCACCCGUGUAGACACUUUUUCCAAACACAUAGCCGACGUGAUCGGGUGUAUGACCAGGGAGAUGCAUAACCUUUCCCUUGAGGUUGCCCAAAGAAACUAUCUCAUCAUCCUGUAGCAACCUAUCGAAACUCCCAACGAAUGAAUCAGGCUUAAGACCAUAACGCGGUCCAAAUGUAGCCUGGACUUCGCGAAUACGUUGACCAAUGCUGAUCGGCGCAUGUAGGUGCUUUUGAAGGUAUUUUGCAGAAGUGAGAUGGUCGGCAUGGGCGUGAGUUUCGAGUAUAUGUUCAACAGAAAGCUGGUUUUCAUGCAGGAACGCUAACAAGGCGUCAGCACUCUCUGUAGUCACUUUCCCACUGCUGAUAUCAAAAUCAAGCACGGGAUCAAUUACGGCAGCUUUCCGCGUAUCUUUACAAUGUAAUACGUAUGUCCAUGUUGAGCUAGCUUUAUCAUAAAACGUCGACGUCGUUGGUGUGGCUUCUCCUCCAAAGUGCGUGCGGAACGGCGUAGCUGCUGCGCCGUAAUUUCUCACUAAACUACGUCGAUUUAACUUGAAUGCGCGUGAUAUCAUGACCGUUUUAGACUAAAAAUCAUUCAAGCCUAAAGUUGAUGACAUCAUUUUUACUAUUUUUUCGUUUCAACGAUCACGGGUAGUUUAUUUUAUGACUAGAAGCUAGUAGAGAAAUAAUGAGCAAUGUAAUAUAUGAUUUAAAGAAAGGCCUCCGUAAGCGUGUAGUCAAUAUAACACCAGUGUGGUUCGCUAUGACUAUGGGAACUGGUAUACUGUCUAUACUACUAUUCAAUUGUCCAUAUCAGUUUAAUGGCUUGCAGACGAUCUCUGGCGUCGUAUUCGGGAUAAACGUGGUCUUGUUUGUUGUACUACUUCUUAUGACAAUCGCUAGGUACGCAAUCUGGCCCUCAAUGCUACCCUUAAUGCUAGUAAAUCCAGUCAAUGUAUUCCUAGCUACGCUCACUAUGGGUUUCAGUACGAUUAUCGUCUGUAUUGUUGAUUUUCUGGUUCCAAGAUACGGAUAUAAUUUUGCUCUUCUUUCUUACGUUUUUUGGUAUAUAAAUGUUGCAAUGAGUAUUAUCACUUGCAUUGGUAUUCCCUUUAUACAAAUGAGCAGGCAAACUCUCGAAAAUAGUCAAAUUUUUGCCACUGCACUCUUACCAACCGUCAGCACGAUUGUCUGUGCAUCUACAGGUGCAGCAGUUGCUACUGUCUUGCCAGAAAACCAAGCCAUCGUUACAAUAACUAUAUGCUACAUAUUGCUCGGUAUGGGUGUACCGAUGUCGCUUAUUGUUUUAGCGAACUACACAUCAAGAUUGAUGCUCUUCAAGAUUCCACCAGCGGCGGUGAUAAGUUCAACGUUUAUUCCAAUUGGUCCCUGCGGUCAAUCGGCAUAUGCAAUACUGAAAUUAGCUCGGAAUCUCACUGAUAUAGCUAAUGAACGCGGUUUAGUACCAUUUACAUCAGUCGAGGAUCCAGAAUUAGCUAAAUUUGCAGCAUCUGCAUUGCAAACAGCUAGUAUACCGUUCGCACUUAUCAUAUGGGGAUUCGGAUGUCUCUGGUUGGCGCUGGCCAUCAUUUCCUUCUUCGACACUAUGAUCUCAAAGCGAAUACCUAUCAAUUUAUCGUUAUGGGGAUGCACCUUCCCGAUCGGGACACUCGCCCUGUCCGCCCAGGAAUUAGGCAAAGAAAUGAAUGUGACAGGCAUGAAGGUCGUUAGCGUCAUUCUGCUCAUAACUUUGGUCAUCAUCUGGCUCAUUCUGAUGGCUUUGACGUUUUAUAAUGGUGUGAUACGGGAUAAGUGGUUCAGUAGCCCUUGCUUGUCAGAUGCAGGCGGUACACCACCCUCAAUGCAUGAUGUUGAGUUCAAUCGGAAGUAUUAGAAAACAGCUGUUUAUUACAAUAAAAAAGGUUCUAUAGUUUAGUGCAAAGUGCACGUUUUAUU